GAAAGAGGGUAGGUGGGAGACUGUCAAAUCUCCAUACCCUCUCUCUAAAAUUCCAUGUUUUAUUCUCUCAAAAUAUAAUGAUCCCUGAUUUUCAAGGUAUUUAUCACCAAAAUCUAAACAAUUUAUUAUUCGUUGAUUUGGAUUCUUCAGCUCCUUGAUUUUUUUUCUUUUAAAUAUUAUAUCUUGUGUUGUUUCUGUAGAUUUGGAUUUCAGUGGAAUCAAUAAAUCUAUUUUGUUUUUGUGAUUAAAUUCAGAUUUCUUUUCACAGUCACUGUGUGUAAGAUAUAUAUGCGUUUUUGAGAAGUUAGCUUUGUUGGUUUGGUGGGUGUGUGUUAUUUAUGAGUAAGAAACCUUCCCCUUUAUGGAAAUGAAAUCACCUUUUUUACAUCUCAUCUCAUCUCAUCUCAUAUUAUCUCACCAUACCCCGAAUAAUAACACCACAGUGAAUUAUUGGUUCAAAAGGUGUUCCAGGAGGCAAAACCGACCCAUGGACUAAGUUGUGGGUUUAUUUGGAGUUGUAAUUUUAAGAUUUGGGUUAGUACAAGUCUGCGCAAACUGAAAAAAAUAGGAAAAUGCUCACCCGACCGACCACAAUUCGUCUUGCAACCGAGGUUAAGGUUCGAUUUUGAUUUAUGUUUCUCCUUAUUUGUGGAUCUACACGUUAUCCUCGAAUUUUUCUUUCUUCUAAGAUUUCAGAGUCGGGUUAUUAGCUUUUAAUCUGUUGUUUGUUUUAUCCCUGAACUUCCUGUUAUAAAAAGGUAAAAUGAUUUUUUUGCGGGUGAUUUUGUGUGCAAAUUGAUGGAGGGCAAUGGAGGGGGUCAAUUAGAUGGGAAGGUGUUGCAGACAUUUCAAAAGAGUUUUGUCCAAGUUCAAAACAUUUUGGAUCAAAACAGGCUGUUCGAUUCAACUGGAGAGAAAGAAAGAUGAAGGAAGUUGAAAUGUUGAUGAUUUUGGUAAAAUGGUCAUGAAAGUGUCUGCUUAUCAACAAUAUUUAAUUUUAUUUUUUUAAUUAAUAAUUUGUUAUAAUAAAACUUAUAAUGACCAUAUUGCCCCUGGGAAAAGGACAAAAACAAAGGAUUUUAUUUAAGAAAUUUGAGUUGAUUUUAUUUUUGGAUGAAAAUGGCAAUAAAACUGAAACCAAAGGGACCCAGAUUUAAAAAGUUUGAGUUUUGGACUAAAGUGGCAAAAGUGACCAAACCUCAGGGACCAAAAUGGCAGUUUACUCUUAUAAUUUACACAAGUUACCACCUUGAAAAAACAAUAAUCAAACACAUAGAAGCCUCCAAGAAUCUCACCAUUUGCAGCAGCCCCUUCCGUACGAUUAAUUUACUCAUCUUCGUCAACCUUCCAUUUCUCAUUCAACCAAUUCUCUUCACACAAGAUCCAAACCGUUCUUCAAUCAGUUUGUAGAGUUGAAGGUAGCGAUGUUUGGUGUUUUCCGGCGAAAAGUCGUCAGCGGAAGCUGUUCUGCUUCGGUUAUAGGAAAAUCAUGGCGAAGAACUCGUCCUGUAGCAUCUAUAAAUGCGGAUUGUUUCACCUCGGAAGGAGAGGUAUUACGCCAUUCACGAAUCACCGAAAAUGUUCGAAGUAUAUGUCACGUUACCCAACCUGGUGCUGCAGUUAAUCUAAGGCCUUUAAGGGAUGUUAUGACCAGUCUUCAUCCAUGUGUCGGCAUGCAACUGCAAAAUAGAAUGUUCUCCUCUGAAAGUGGUGAUCUGGUUGAUGCCGUUGUUCCUUUUAUGGGUGAAUCAAUAAGUGAUGGUACUCUGGCAACUUUUCUAAAAAAACCUGGUGAUAGGGUAGAAAUUGAUGAACCAAUUGCACAAGUUGAAACAGACAAGGUUACUAUUGAUGUUGCUAGCCCUGAGGCGGGUAUCAUUCAAGAGUUUGUUGCAAAAGAAGGGGAUACUGUUGAACCAGGUACAAAGGUCGCUAUCAUCUCAAAGUCGGCAGAAGGUGCAGCUGUUCCAUCCAAGCCGGCAUCUCCUGACGCCGUUUCUCAACCACCAUCUACCGCUGAGAAGGCGGAGGAGACACCAAAACCGAAAGUCGAAACUACCCCUGCUGUUGAGAAGCCUAAGCCGGCUUCUCCACCGCCUCCUAAAACCUCUGCUUCCGAACCCCAACUUCCUCCUAAAGAACGAGAAAGACGUGUUCCUAUGACCCGUUUAAGAAAGCGAGUUGCCACACGUCUGAAAGAUUCUCAGAACACAUUUGCUUUGUUGACAACGUUUAAUGAAGUUGAUAUGACUAAUUUGAUGAAGCUCCGUUCCGAGUAUAAGGACGCCUUUUUAGAGAAGCAUGGAGUCAAGUUGGGUCUGAUGUCUGGUUUCGUUAAGGCUGCUGUCAGUGGACUCCAAAAUCAGCCUAUCAUCAAUGCAGUUAUUGACGGGGAUGAUAUUAUUUACAGAGACUAUAUCGAUAUCAGUAUAGCCGUUGGUACUCCAAAGGGACUUGUUGUGCCGGUUAUCCGCAAUGCUGAAAAGAUGAACUUUGCUGAGAUAGAGAAAGAGAUAAACACUCUUGCUAAGAAGGCAAAUAAUGGAACCAUUUCUAUUGAUGAGAUGGCAGGAGGCUCGUUUACAAUAUCUAAUGGCGGUGUUUAUGGAAGCCUUUUGAGCACUCCCAUCAUCAAUCCUCCUCAGUCGGCAAUUCUGGGUAUGCAUUCAAUUGUGAAUAAGCCAAUGGUGGUUGGAGGCAACAUAGUACCGAGACCCAUGAUGUACGUCGCUCUAACCUAUGACCACCGGCUAAUUGAUGGAAGAGAGGCUGUGUUUUUCCUCCGCCGAAUUAAGGAUGUGGUCGAGGAUCCAAGGAGGUUGCUUCUUGACAUCUAAACAUUUUCAGAACCUUGUUUUGCUUUAUUUAUGUUAAAUUCUGGUAUUCAUAAAGUCUUCACUUUACCAGAAUAAUUGAUGUUUAUUCUAAAAGUUUUUGCUGUUCUGUUACGGCUCGCCAUGUUUUUAUUUAUUGCAUUUUGUUACUCAAACGAGUUGUUUGGACUUCACACCACCCGAACCAACCAUGGGUAUGUUGCUGCUCCAUGGGUUUGGUCUGUGUUCUUGUCGGACUCAUAAUUGAUACUUCUAUGAACAUCGUUUUUGGUGAUUGUUUUUUUAUAAACGUCGAUAAAUUUGUUAA